AUGUUCGCCCGCCUAUUCAUCCUCGCCGUUCUCUUCAGCUUUACUGCGGCUCAAAUCAACAUCAGCACGCCUACCGGCUCGGGUGACCCUAUUCAGUGCGAAGUUUAUACUAUCACUUGGUCGGGUGGGACUGCCCCCUACAACAUCCUCCUGCUGGAUAGCGGGAAGACCUUGGUCGAACAGAUCGCGCUCUCGGCGACUCGUAGCCCUGUAACAUGGGUAGUGGACCAGCCCCCCAACACCAUCUUCGUCUUUUCCAUCACCGACAAGAACGACGUCUCGGCCACGAGCGGCCGGUUCACCAUUCUACCGUCCUCAGCGGAGAAAUGCGCCGCGGCGGAGAGUGGUGCACGGACGACCGUUUUCGGACCAUCUGCGACGGGCGCUGGCUCUGCCUUGCCCAGCUCGUCGAGACCUCUGUCCAAGGGCGCGAUUGCCGCACUCGCCGUCGGCGCCGUUUGUGCUGUGUUGUUCGUAAUCGGAGGCGUCGGAUGGGUCGUUGUGCGGCGCUUCAGACGCGUGACGUCGGCUGUACUCGAGGAACCAGAGGAGACGAUACCGUCAGUGCUGGUGACGACGGUAGAACCGUUUCCAUUCACCACACCGGAGAAUUUCACUUGGGAAAGGAAGAACAGGCAAGGCAACGGAUCUAGGUCAGCUGCAGAAGCGAACACAGCAUCAGGCGUGGAGGAAGUCGUGGAUCUGGUGGUGGCUGCCGAGGCUCUGCCUGGUACUGGAGAGAUCAGCGAAAGAACUGUUGACCGUCUGGUGAACUUAGUUCUGAGAAGACUGCACGCACAAGAAGCUCCCCCAUCUUAUCCUGCGAGUUCUCCGCCUGGUAGUGAUGGAUGA